UUUUCUCCUAUUUUAGCUUUGAUACUCGAGCUGGAAGCACAGAGCCGCUUUUUCUAGACAAGCGAACACACAAAGUCUGUUAAAGGUUUGGAUGUUUAUGGUCACAAUGAAGGUCUUCAUCUUCCUUCUUCUCCUGGGGAUACAGGGAGCAGCGGCAGUGACCCACUCGCUGAAGUAUUUCUACACUGCGUCCUCUCAAGUCCCAAACUUCCCAGAGUUUGUGAUUGUUGGGAUGGUUGAUGAUGUUCACAUUGAAUAUUAUGACAGCGACACGGAGAAAAUGGUGCCCAAACAGGACUGGGUGAACGGUGCAGUAGAUCCACAGUUCUGGGAGCGAAACGCUGGGAUCGCUGUGGGUGCCCAGCAGGUGUACAAAGCCAACAUUGAGAUUUUAAAGCCUCGCUUCAACCAAACUGGAG